GAGAGAGGAAAGAGAACAGAAACCAGGACAAAUCACACGCCUUACCCUUAUUCUUUUUCUUUUUCUUGUCUUCCUUCUCCUCCCACCACGAUCACUCCACCCUUUCAUGUUUCCCCCCCACCCCAACUCCUAGUUCUCCUCACAUGGCCUGAGCAGCCAAGUUUGCACACGGAGACGCUCCGCAACCAUGCAGCGCAUUUCUGCCUUUUGGUCAUCGCGGGACAAGCCCCGGAGAGGUUCAGGACCCACCAUCCCCGUCCCCGCCAAGGGCGCCGACCCCGUUGCCCGUCAACAUGUUCGAGAGGAUUAUUGGCCGGCGUCUCUGGAUCGAGAGACCGAGAAGGCCGCCCGUAUUUUACACUCAUUUUGCACCGAAGGUUAUAUAGCACAUCAUGACGACUUCCCUGGCUCGCCCCGGUCUUCCAUAUCAUCGUCAGUACAGAUCAAGAAGAAGAUACCUCCCAGGAUAGUCCAGAACGCUGUCGGUAUUGCGAUUUUCUCUUGUAUGAGAUCCGGCCUGUGGAAGAGCGGGAGUGGUGGCAGUGGUAUUCUGAUUGCCAGGAAGUCGGACGGGAGAUGGAGUCCGCCCUCAGGUCUUCUCCUGCACACAGCUGCACUCGGCUUCGUCAUCGGCGUCGAUGUCUACGACUGCGUCCUGGUUAUCAACACCAUGUCGGACCUGGAGACGUUCACCCGGUCGAGCACCACCCUCGGCGCUGAUGUCGAGCUGGCCGUUGGGCCCGUCAUGGCAGCCAGCCACCUGGAGAACGACGCGCAGGGCCGGGAUGCAGGGCAGAUGGUUCUGACGUACGUCAAGGCCAAGGGCGAGCAUCGCGCUGUUAACAUCGACGGCUCGUUGGUCACCGAGCGCGUCUCUGAAAACCAUCGAUUUUACGGCCGGGCCGCCUCCGUCCUCGAUAUCCUUGCCGGACAUGUACCGCACAAUGAUUCUGUCGAGUUGAAGACACUAUACGAAGUGAUCAAGUCGGCGGAGGGCAGGGUAGAUUUCGACGCCCCGAUGCUCGAGAAGCUAGCGUUACAACCAGCUCCAGGCGACGCCCUCAUAGAGAACCCGACGGCGGCAGCAUCGCCUCUGUCGCCUGGACUGCCUUUGUUUGGCGUGCCAGAUGUCGAGGAUCCGGAUCCGUUCGGUGUCAAGGCGCUUGAGAUGGCAGGACUUGAGAUUAGGGAGGCUGGCUCCAGACUGAGGCCUUCCAGCAGUAACUUCGAGUACACACCGAGUCCGACGAGCCCGUUAUUCGGCCAGUUCAAUAAGCGGCAGAGCUCAGAUACAUUUGUUACCCAGAGCAACAGCAACAGAGCUAGUUACAUGUCCAGCAGGUCCAACAGAACGACCUUCAGCCGCAUGACGGAUGCUUUUACCCAGACCACAGUCGACACCCGCGGGACGACGCCAACC